GUCUCCCGAUUGAUCUGAAAUUGAAAUUCUCGAAUCGUAAAGUUUGCUCUAAUCCUAACUGAAGAUCUAGAUUCUCGCGUUUGAUCCAUCAGUAUGAAUCAUAAAGCGCCAAGGAGGUAUUCACAAGGAAGGGAUUUUGGAGUGGACAGACAACAAGAUUUUGCUGUAGAUAUUGUUCCAAGAAGAUUUGGUGUCCCUUAUGAAAAGAGAGUGAAGAAAGGUCCAUACAAUGGAUCAAGGAAUUUGGUUUGGACGUCAAAAGAGUUCCAAGCAUCAGUAGGCAACAGGCCAAGGAAGAAUGAAGCCUACAGGGCUACGAACUCACCAGUUUCACGCACUGGAUAUCGUGUGUCAAACCACCCAAGGAAGAAUGAAGUCUAUAGGUCGAUAAACUCACCACCAGUUUCAGGCACAGGAAAUCGUGUGUCAAACCAGCCAAGGAAGAAUGUUGUGUAUGGGUCAAGGAGCUCGUCUAUUUUAGGCUCCAGCGUUUGGAGGUCGGGAGAUAAUGGCAGUCCCAAGUCUAAGGAAUGUGUAUGCAAGUAUUGGAAAGCUGGAAACUGCAAGAAGGGUGAGCAAUGCGAGUUCUUACACUCUUGGUGUUGUUUUCCUGGCUUGGUGAUGGUAGCUACUCUUCAAGGACACAAGAAGGAUAUAAAGGGGAUUGCCCUCCCUCAAGGUUCUGAUAAACUCUACUCAGCCAGUGGCGAUGGUGCUUUGAAAAUAUGGGACUGCCAUACUGGUCAAUGUGUGCAUGAGAUCAACCUCCAGGCAGAAGCAGGGUCUCUGAUUAGUGAAGGACCUUGGGUUUUCCUUGGCUUGCCAAAUGCUGUAAAGGCUUUUAAUGUUAAGACCUGUAAAGAUUUGCAUCUCAAUGGUUCGGUAGGAGGUCAGGUGAAUGCAAUUGCUAUUGGAAAUGGAAUGCUUUUUGCUGGGACAAGUUCUGGUAGUAUAUCAGUCUGGAAAGGUACUGACACCGAGUCUGAUCCUUUCAAAUACCUCACAUCUCUCGAGGGACAUAGUGAUGAAGUCAAGUGUUUCGUUGUUGGAGGUCAGAGGCUUUACUCUGGUUCUGUGGAUAAAACCAUAAAGGUGUGGGAUCUCGACACAUUGCAGUGUAUAAUGACAUUGAGGCAGCAUAGCGACACUGUCACGUCGCUCCUAUGUUGGGAUCAAUAUUUGUUAUCGUCUUCAUUGGACGGGAGCAUAAAAGUCUGGGGCUCUUCGGAAAGUCCCAACUUGAAAGUUAUCCAUACACGCAGCCAAGAACAAAGUGUGCAUGCUCUAUGUGGAUUACACGAUGCAGAGGCCAGGCCAAUUAUAUUCUGCUCUUACCAAAACGGAACAGUUGGCAUAUAUGAUCUACCAUCUUUUGAAGAAAGAGGGACGAUGUUCUCAACGCAUACGAUCGGCACACUUACAAUUGGUCCUGAAGGAUUGUUAUUCAGUGGAGACAAGAGUGGGAAAGUGCGUGUGUGGAGCUUAAGUGGCAGCAAAGUGUAGAAAUCUUCGACCAACUCUUUUGUUUUUUGUUUUGGUCGACUAGAAUAUUCAUUAUAAUAAUAUAAUGUAACAUUGGUGAAGGUAAAACAAAUACCAUCGCUUUAUGAGUGAAGAAAUGUUCAUUUCAUGU